AUGCCGACAAUCCCAGCAAUCUGGUCGGUUUUCCGUGCUGACACGUUUCCUGGAUCGUUUGUCAGUGGCCAUGCUUCAGCCGGAGGAUUUACAAUGAAUCAAAGAGAUCAUUCCUGGAGUCAUAUGGAGCCCGUUUCGCUGGGAGCUUUCAAGGGUCGUCAGCCAAACUUUUGUACAAAGGCUCCUGCGUUGGAUCCUUUGGAAUCAUCCAUCCUCAGCUUCGUGGAAUUCUCUAAGCCUCACGGGAAAGCCCUCCUCGCAUUGGUAAUUGGGUUGCUCUUCUGUUUGCAAAUCAUGGAAUCCUUCUGCAAGGACGAGUCUAGGGUAGGCAUUGGAAUGCAAAUUACGAAUGUUGAAGAGAGUAACAAUUUCACAGCUGCAAGAAGCAUCCAAAAGAAAAUUGGAGCUUUCCUUGUAGGAGGUUCUUCAUUUGACGCUUGGCUCACUACAACCACAGCACAGGUAGCACAAGUUCUCCUCACUCUUCCACACACUAUUGCACAAAUGGGAAUUACAUCUGGAAUAAUAUUUCAACUUCUAUACGGUGCUCUUGGUUGUUGGAGCUGUUAUAUAACUAUGUGCCUGUAUAUGGAUUAUGUGAAAAUUCUUGAAAGGCACAACACUCGUAGGAAGAGUCACAUAAUUCAGUGGUAUGAAGUAUUAAAUGGUCUUUUGGGUCGAUGGUGGAGAGCACCUGGAUUGCUAUUCAAUUGUGCAUUGCUGGUGAGCACUGCAACAAUUCAACUCAUAGCUUGCGCAAACACAAUCUGGUACAUGAAUAAUAGCCUUGACAAAAGGACUUGGACCUUUAUAUUUGGAGCUCUUUGUUUUCUCACUGUACUUAUUCCCACAGCACGGAAUUAUAGACUUUGGGUGUUUUUUGGCAUAUUCAUGACAACUUAUACAGCUUGGUAUUUCACUAUUGCAUCGAUAUUUUUUGAAAAGCAUGAUAAGCAUGUGCAACAUUCAGCUCCAGUAAGUACAAUUCAAUAUUUUUCAGGUGCUACAAAUAUUCUAUUUACAUUUGGUAACCAUGCUUUGACACUAGAGAUUGCUGAAGCUAUGGAUACACCAAGAAAAUACAAGACAACCAAUGUGUAUGCAAUCCUUUAUACCUUCACACUUACACUCCCAUCUGCAGUGAGUGUGUAUUGGAGAUUUGGUGAUCAAAUGCUCGAUCAUCCAAAUGCCCUAGCAGUGUUUUCCCCAUCCAAGUUCAAAAAUGUAGCUAUCAUCCUUAUGCUUACCCAUCAGUUCAUUGAGUUUGCUGCACUUGUGGUUCCAGUAUUUGCAAUGUGGGAGAAAUUACUAGGCAUCCACUGCUCCCAAAACUACACCUUAAAGUGUGUAGCCAGGAUGCCAAUUGUGUUGGGCAUUUGUUUUCUUGCUAUUAUGCUUCCAUUCUUUGGUUCUAUCAACUCAGUGGUGGGUGCUACGCUCUCCAGCAUUGGCAUAUAUAUUCUCCCAUGCCUUGCUUUCAUGGUAAUAAGGCAGCACAAAGAAUCAAGAGAGAAUGCGGUAGAGCAACCACCAUUUUGGAUCAAGAGUUGGGUGGGUGUUUAUUGCAUCAACCUUGGAUUGGUUAUUUGGGUUGGAAUCAUAGGCAUAGGCUUUGGUUCCUGGGCAAGCAUGCACAAUCUAAUGCACAAGGUGGAAAAAUUUGGAUGGUUUGCAAAAUGUUUCCAGUGUUAAAAACUUAACUCAUUAAUGUGAAAAAAUUAGUGUACAA